CUCUGGAUGGAGCAGCGCAAGCAGAAAGACCACCCGACCGGUCCAGAUCCGGGCAGGGUGCGCGGUCGCCGGCUCACCAAAACGAUGAAAGCGAUCAAGAAGGGCAAAGCGAAGGUAGCGCCCCGACGGGAGUCGAAAGCAUCCUUCGGCACGUUGCGCCUGUUCCGGCGCAGCUUCAUCUUUCAGACGAAGGAGUUCUUCGACAACUCGACGCUGCACGGCGUCCGGUACAUUGCCGAGGAGGGCCGGCCGUUCUUCGAGCGGUUCAUGUGGUUCUGCUUCGUCGCGUUUGGCUUCAUCGCGGCGGUCGUGAUCAUCUUCAGCCUGUGGGAAAAGUUCCAAACCAACCCGACGAUAACCGGGCUCGAUACGGACUUCCACAACCAGCAGGUCAUCUUUCCGACGGUGCUGGUGUGCCCGACCGCCCCGUACGACGAGGACGCGGUACGGCGGGAGGCGUACGAAACGCUCGGCGGGUACGAGCAGGGCAGCGAGGUGUACGAACCGUUCCUGAAGCUGCUCACCCAGCUGUCGUACGACAACAUCCGCGAGGUGGCGGCAAUGCUGAGUGACAUGCCGAGCACACCGGCCCUGCGCACCACCAGCCUGCGCGAGCUGGUGUUCCGGACGGCGGUCCGGUGCAACGACACGUUCGCGGCCUGCCGCUACAAGGACGAGGAUAUCGAUUGCUGCGAGAUGUUCAAGCCGAUGUACACCGAGCACGGGUUCUGCUAUGCGUUCAACGCGCGCUACACCAAUAACAAGCAGGUGGAAAUUCUCAACUCGGAGGUGUACGUGCUGUUCGAGACGGACAAGAAGUGGGCGCUGACGUUCGAGCCGCUCCGGGAGAGCAACAUCUUCGUGCACUCGUACAACGAAAUCUCGGGCUGGGACUUUCAGCCCCAGGUCAUGUGGGACAUCGACUCGAAGGUGGAGUUUCUCAUCUCGAUGAAGCAGACGUACACGACCGAGGACGCGCAGCAGCUGUCGAUCGGGCAGCGGAAGUGCAUCUUCCCGGACGAGGAGAAGCUCCAGUACUACCAGGACAAGUACACCUUUUCCGGCUGUAUGAAGGAGUGCCGGAUCUCGAAAAGCCUCAAGUACUGCAAGUGCGUGCCGCCGUUCUACGCGCCGGUCCGUACCAUCCCGAGCUGCACCACUGGCAACUUCCAGUGUCUGAGCGAGUACACUGAGAACAUCACCAGCAUCCACAGCUGCCAGGACUGUGAGCUUGGCUGUCUCAACACCGUGUACGACAUCGAGAAGUACUCCAAGAUCAUGAAAACGGAAGAGGAGCAGCAGGAGGCGCAGGUUACGAUCGAGUACCUGACCUGGCCCAUCAUUCGCUACAAGCGCGAGGUCCUGUUCGGGUGGGUCGAUCUGCUCGUCUCGUUCGGCGGUAUUGCGGGCCUGUUCCUGGGCUUCAGCCUGCUGUCCGGCGUCGAGUUCAUCUACUUCUUCACGAUGCGCGCGUUCUGUAUGCUGUACAAGAACCGGGACGAGCUGGAAGCGAUCGAGCGGGAGCAGGUAAUCAAAUCGCUGAGCCGCCACGAGCUCGGCCUCAAGCCAGUCGCAGCCCCGGCGGGACCACCGGUGGUGCCGACCGGAGACACCCUGCCCGUGUACGAUACGGUCACCCUGCCACCGUCAGCCGACAAGCAGCAGGUGUUUGUGAAGCUGAUCACCAACGACUACAAGUCGGCCCUGCAGUACCAGGGGACCGAUCCGGCCUCCUACCCGGGCCUGAACCGGAACCGGCUCAAUCAGCUCCACAGCCAGGGCACCAGGAAGCACAAUCUGUUCCAGCUCGGGCACGCCAACUACGCCGGCAGUAAGUACGCGGAGAAAAAGGUAACACAGUACGGUGGCGAUGGUGGUGGUGGUGUCGGGGGUGGAUAUAUUUACGACGGUUACUUGCCGUGAAGGCGGGGAGAAACCGACUCUGCGUUGUUUACAUCUGUUUGCCAGAGAUAACUUUGAAGAUUCUGGAAUUUCUUCACAGCAAACAGAAAAGAUUUUAGUGCAUCUUAAUUAGGCGAUCGUGGGGCAAAAUGGUCACCUGCACUAUUGGCAAAUUAACACGUUUGAAUGAAUGAUAUCAAAUAAUUGAACAACAUUAAAUGCAGUGUUUAAAGCACACCGAGAA